AUGGAAAGCGACAGUGACACCGAGCGUCCACAGAGCCAAGACGAGAAGAAGGUGAAGUCACGCCGUCCUCCUAAUAAUGCAUUUCGACAGCAGCGCUUGAAAGCCUGGCAGCCGAUCCUGACACCGCGCACCGUGCUUCCACUGUUUUUCUCGGUCGCGGCGCUGUUUGCCCUGUUUGGUGGCCUUUUGAUUUGGUCGAGUGUUAUUGUCCAGGAGAUCGUCAUCGAUUACACUGAGUGUGCGUACAAAGCCACCUCUGAUUUCUCCGAUAUGAAGUCCAGUGAUAUAUUGUAUCAUUUCAAAGAUAACAGUUCCCCGAGACAUGCCACCCAGUGGAAAUUUGUGAAUGGAACGGAUUCCAACAACGAGCCCGUAUGCACGCUACGUUUUGAUAUUCCCACGGAGAUGGGCUCGCCGGUUUAUAUGUUUUAUCGCAUGACAAACUUCUAUCAAAACCACCGUCGGUAUGUUCUGAGUUACAACGAGAACCAACUAGAGGGCAAGCCGGAGACCAACAAGACCCUGAAGGACAAGGACGACUGCAAGCCGCUGAUUUUGGCUCCCGACGGACGUCCCUACUACCCAUGUGGUUUGAUCUCCAACUCGCUUUUCAACGAUACGUUCGCGUCGCCCGUGAAUGAGGAGAAUGGCACUACCUAUGACAUGACAACCAACGGAAUUGCUUGGCCCACUGACCGGAACCGGUUCAAGAAGACACAGUACAACAAUUCUCAAGUGGUGCCUCCUCCCAACUGGGCCAAGAUGUACCCCGAUGGCUACACGGACGAGAAUCCCAUUCCCGACAUUUCACAGUGGGAGGAGUUCCAGAAUUGGAUGCGUACUGCUGCUCUGCCGACGUUUUCCAAGCUUGCUCGUCGCAAUGACACCACAGCGUUGCAGCCGGGCACCUAUACAGUCGACAUUGUUCAGAACUUCGAUACUACGCUCUACAGGGGCAAAAAGAUGCUUGUGCUAUCAACGCGGUCUGCGAUUGGUGGCCGCAACAACUUCCUGGGCAUUGCCUACGUCGUUGUUGCCGGGCUAUGUGCGGCUCUCGGCAUUGUGUUCCUGAUCCAGCAUUUGGUCAAGCCCCGACGUAUGGGUGACCACACUUAUUUGUCGUGGAACAGCGAAAGAAAGUGA